AUGGAAGAAUUGGAAAGAAUCAACAAAGAAAUCGAGUCAGUCAAGGCUGAGGUUGCAGAAAAGCGGAAGAGGCUCUCCAGGCUUACAUUAGCACUUGAAGAGCUAUCGCAAAGCCCCGUGGCCUCCUUGAGUGACACAAACGUGAGACAAGGUUUUCCUGAAAAUAGCCUGCUCCCAAAAGAACAGUGGAAUGAACUGUCAAAGAGCAAAGAGGGUCAGCCUAGAAAGUACGUGAUGGACCACAGAUGUCCAGCAACUGACCUUGAAUAUGAUCCCUUGCUCAAUUAUUCUGCAGGGCUGCUUGGGGCAUCUAAAGCAAAGCAGGGUGAGACUGACAGGCAGCACUUCUGGAAAAAAUCUGUGGGUGGAAAUUGCCACAAGUCCCUGGAGAGCCAAAGACCUUAUGUUUCACCAAUACGAAUUAAAAUAAAUCUUCAAGAUUCUGAUGAAGAUGACCUUGUAAUGGAUGUACCUCCAAUCAUUCCUACUUCUAAGAAAUCUAAACCAUUUAGAGGCUUUAAAUAUCAGAAUAUGGAUGAAAAGAUACAAGUAUUGCCCCUGGAGGAGAGAAAUCUUCAGAUCAGUGGUAUAGAAGAGGAAAAGAUAGAUGAAACCCAACUCACCACACAAACAGAUGAUGACAGUAACAAGUUAGAACCACCAAAAUCACACAUGAAAACCUCACUAGAUACUAAAACUAACAUAAACUUGUGUGGUGUUAAAAACCACAUUUCUAAGAUGGAAAGCUUCGAUGGUGAGGAAAAGCAUGUCUGUAUUUCAGGAGAAAGUAUAACUUGUGCACCUCUCAGUGACAAAGAAAUACAGAAGGAAAGUCAUAAUGAAAGUUAUCCAAAGAGCAGAAGACAUGUAAAAACAAUUGAUGAUACUCAAAAAGAAGAAACUGAAUGGCGAUAUUCACCAAGCCAACUCCGGUUCUCUUAUUCAGACGAUCAUGUGAAAGACAAAGUUCUGAGAGUACAAGACGACAGUCAAGACUUCACUACUUUUGAAGACAACAGAUUAGUUGAAUUUGAUUUUGCUAAGGAAUGUACUGAAGAUGACACUCUCUCUGAUUCUGAUAACAAUGUGAAGGAAUGUCUUCGAAUUUUCAAUAAGUUCACACGAAGGAAAGCUCAUAAGGGAGAGACUGCUAAGCAGCCUUCAGGAAAGCAAAUGGAAUUAGAUACGCAAUCUUACCAAAACAUUUCUGGACCAAAAAGGAGAAUUGCACACACUGCCCAGUUUGAUGUUCCAACCAGUAAAGGGAUCACUAGCCCAUCCAGGGGACCAGUCCCACCAUUAAUUAGUCACACUGGAAUCCUUCAGGCCCAGCAACAGGCAGUGCAGAUAAUGGCUACCAUUAAGGUGGCUCAUCGGAAGAGGGCUGUAGGAGCAUCAGAAUCCUCAUCCAAAGUACCUGAUGAAGUAAGACAACGCUAUGUCAACCUCUUUCUUGAGAAGUAUUUGAGAGUUUAUAAAACAGAGGAUGAGGCUUUUAACAAGGUCACUACUAAAUAA